CAAUGGUGGCAAUUCUGACAGUCAAAUGACGUUUAAUAAUCUUUCAUGUGUUUCCUGCUAAAUUUGGAGUAAAACUACAAGUUGAUGCUAAAAAUGAAAGAAAUCAACGCUUAAAAUACUCUAAAAUCAGUGUAAAUUGCAAACAUUCUAAACAAUGGUGUAAUAUUUGUGAAUUAAAUCGGUUAAAAAAGCGUGUCAUCUUAUAUUUUUUGCAUGUGCCUUUAAGGGGAGAAAAUACAUAUAUACAUACUACAUAAAAACAGCUGAUUUCGCUACGCUGUUGCUCUGUUUUCAGGUGCCUACGUGACUUUUGCAUAUAUGCCAAUGGUAGCCAAACCUCAGUAUCAAACAAUAAAAGCAACAACACGUGCAAACUAAACACAACAACAAAAGAAAAUACGUUGAGGUAAACAAAAAGUACACCACCAUCCAGCAAAGCUAAAAAGAAAUAACAAUUGCAAAUACGAAAAUCAAACGCUGCUGUGAAGCAGACCAAACCAGACGUAAACUUCUGUGCAUAAAAAAUGUGUUUUUGAAUGAAUAUGUGUAAAAGAAUGAUUUGAAAAAUUGUUAAUAAAAUAACAUUGAAAAGUGAACAUUCUGAAGUGCGAAAGAGUUGGUUCGUUUGCAAGAAGCAACAAUCAACAGCGGAAAAGUGUUGAGUUACCUAAACACUUGCUACUUAAAUAUACAAGUUUAAUGAAUAAAAAAGUGUCUGAACAAAUCGAGGAACAAUUAUUUAUUGAAGCUGAGAAAUAAAAAAAGAGAAUUGUGACCUAAUUUUUCGCUUGUGGCAAAAAUUAACUAAGAACUUUUAUAAAACUUACAUAGAUUUCAAUGAAACGUCUUGCCGAAUUACAUCAGCCGGACGCUACCCAUACGUAAUAUAGAAAAAUACACAUAGUACAUAUAUUAUCUGCUGAUUUGUUAAAAGCCAUACCCGCAAAGUUAUUAUACCAGCACGAAAAAGCCAAACACCAAGCACAAUGUUAGAUGUUAUGCAUGCCGUUAACAUGGACUUAACACCGAAAGAGCCAGUCACUGCUAGUGCCACAACCAGCAAUGAAGUUGUUGUUGUACGUGCCAAACCAAAGAAGGUAUUCAAACCGAAAGCGCGCAUUAAUCGCAUACCACAAUCUUUACUCGAUGAUCCACUGCUGCAGAAGGCCAUAGAACGCCUGCCUGCAAAUUACAAUUUUGAGCUACACAAAACCAUUUGGCGUAUACGCGAUAUGAAAGCGAAGCGUGUCGCUUUGCAACUGCCUGAGGGUUUACUUAUGUUUUCAAUGAUUAUAAGUGAUAUAAUUGAACGUUUCACUGAUGCCGAUACUGUGAUCAUGGGCGAUGUUACUUAUGGCGCCUGUUGUGUAGAUGAUUAUACAGCCAAAGCUUUGGGUGCUGAUUUAUUGGUACAUUAUGGCCACAGCUGUCUCAUACCGGUCGAUCAAACGAGUGAUAUUAAAGUGUUGUAUAUCUUUGUCGAUAUCAAAAUUGAUCCAUUGCAUUUCAUCGAGACAGUGAAAUUGAAUUUCCAACCCACAGAGGGUCAAAUAGCGUUGGUGAGUACAAUACAAUUUGUUACCACACUGCAAGCAGCAUCGGCUGAGUUGAAGUCAGCUGGUUAUGAUGUUAUUGUGCCGCAAGCUAAACCAUUGAGUCCUGGUGAAAUAUUGGGUUGCACUUCGCCGGAAUUGCCUGCCUCUGUUAAAAAGUUGUUAUAUCUCGGUGAUGGACGUUUCCAUUUGGAAUCAUCUAUGAUUGCUAAUCCCACAUUGAAGGCAUAUAAAUAUGAUCCAUAUGAUAAGAAAUUCACCAUUGAAGAGUAUGAUCAUCGUGAAAUGCAGUCGAUACGAUAUCGUGAAAUCGAACGUGCUAGAGAGGCGAAAAAGAUUGGUAUUAUUGUCGGUACCUUGGGUCGGCAAGGUAGUAGUCGAGUGCAUCGUUUUCUCGAAAAGCGUCUACACGCUAAAGGUUAUGCGACUACAACAAUUUUGCUCUCCGAAAUCUUUCCACAGAAAUUGGCACUUUUCAGUGGUAUCGAUGCUUUUGUACAAAUCGCAUGUCCACGUCUAUCCAUCGAUUGGGGUUCAGCUUUCGCCAAACCACUGCUGAAUCCCUAUGAAUUGUCCGUUAUGUUGGGUGAUGUUGAAUUUACACCGCAUAACAAAGCACCCAAAAAUAACGCAUAUCCCAUGGAUUUCUACGCGACCGGCAGUCUGGGUCCAUGGACACCCAAUUUCAAACCACCCGCUGUGGGCGAAUGUGAUAACAAACCAUCCGAGGCAUGCUGCGGCCGCUGCGUGCGCGCCGAAUUGGAGAAAGAUGACAGCGAUGCAGCGCGUGUGGCUACGAUAGAAGAUAUCUUGGACUUUAAAAAAGGAUAAGCUAAACAAAUAUACGUACAAAAGCAAUAGAAAUACAUUUGAAAAGCUUUUUAGUUAGUUUAGUGUUGUGUUCAAGAAAGUGAGCGAAUAUUAAAAAAUGUAAGUUAGUUUUGAAAAAAAAAAAUAAAACAACAAU